UGGCAUCUUACGUGUAAAUCGCCAUCUUUAAAUAUGGCGCUAUCUCUUUUAGUAUAUGGGAUUCUUUUUAAUCAUUAUUAUCUGAAGGUAAAUUUUGAAGUGAAGUUAAUCUCCAAACCUGAUACUGAAAGUCUGAAAAAUCAAGGUGAAGAUAGGCCGUAAUGGCCACCUGGGAUGGCUCCUUUCAAGGAGAAUCCCAUGAGGAUGAUUAUUAUUAUCACCAUUCAGAUUCUCAGAAUGUAAGUUCCAAUCAACAGUCCUGGAAGUAUUACAAUGCAUCCUCCAAUUAUGUUGAUAAUAGCACUGUAAAUCAACAAAAAAAUUUUAACUUUUCAACCGGAGUAUUUCAAAAUUAUCAGGAUGCAUCUGUAAAUAGUAAUACCAGUUCAACAAACAACUCCAAUUAUUAUAUUGAAGAUAAUCGACUACCAUCAAAUUUCUAUACACAACAGAAUUAUCAAGUGGACAUUUCAGAUGAUUCAAAACCAAGGAACUUUGAUUCUUACAGUAUCAGUCAUUCAAAUUUGCAUCCAGAUGCUAAUGAAUUUGUUCCAUCUAACAGAAAGCCUGUUGAAUAUCCAAAAACAUUUUUUGCUGAUAAUCAAAGCAGAUACAAUCAUAAAAAGUAUGAUAAUAGAAAAAAUAACGAAGGCUAUCGACAGCAAAGUAACGACUAUUUAAGAAGUUCUUAUAAACAUUAUGAAAAACAUCGAAAGGAUCACACUUCCAGCAAUCACACAUUUACUAACGAAACCUAUUCUAAUUCUGCUGUUCCUGAAGAUCAUUUAAAUAUUAAAGAAAGUAAUGAAGAAGAAUUUAAAGCUUCAUCUAGCAACGAUUCUUCGAAAGGAUACAAAGGUCGGAAAAAUCGAAAUGAUGGCAGAUUUCAGAAUGAUAGAUUUUCUAAUAGUCGUUAUUAUAAUAAUGGAACUACAUCUACGUCAAAUUAUCAAAACAAUUCGAAUAGGUGGAGAAAUACAUCAAGCCUUAAUGAUAUUGGUGAUGGAGAAAAGUUAAAUCGAAGUAAGCUAUCAGUAAAAGAAUCAGUUUCUAAAGAUCCUCGUGAUGAAAAAUAUCGUCCAGGUUCAUCCUCUACAGGUUAUAAUAAUUAUGGCGAGCAUUCAGAAAUGGAUAGAACAUCAAAGAAAGAUAAAAGACGAGCUAAAGGCAAAGAUGCAACCUACUCUGAUGAAUAUCGAAAUGACAAAUUUAGAAACUGGCGAAAUUCUUAUGAAGAAAAAAACUCUAAAAGCCGAAAAAAUCAUCAAACUAAUUACCGAGAAGGUUAUGAUCAUGAUUCAAAGUUUGAUAAGUCUGAAAAAGUUAAAGAAGAUGAUAAACCGAAAGAAAACUCUACAAAUCGUGAAGAAAAGCCUGUUAAUUGGCGUCUGAAGUCAAAUACUAAUCGAAUGAAGAAAAUUAAUAAAGCUGAUUUAGAUGAUGCAUCAAGUCAGAGAGAAAGAUUAACAGAACAAUUAAAUAGAGGACAAUUAGAAUGUUUAGUUUGCUGUGACUCUAUCCGGCAAAAUGAUUCUAUUUGGUCAUGUGAUAACUGCUAUCAUGUUCUGCAUUUAAAAUGUAUUAAAAAAUGGGCGGAAUCAUCACAGAGUGAAAGUGGCUGGCGUUGUCCUGCUUGUCAGAAUGCUAAUCUAGCCAUCCCUGAAGAUUAUAAUUGUUUCUGUGGUAAAACAAAAGAUCCUGAAUGGAAUAGGAGAGAUGUAGCACAUUCUUGUGGAGAAGUAUGUGGUAGGAAAAGAAGAGCACGAGAAAAAAAUAUUUGUGUGCAUAAAUGUACUUUGCUUUGUCAUCCAGGAUCUUGUCCUUUGUGUAUUGCUAUUGUAACUCGUUAUUGUGGUUGUGAAAGAACUUCACAAAAUCUUAAGUGCAGCACUGAUACUCAACUACUAUGUGAUGCUGUUUGCGAAAAACUUUUGAAUUGUGGAAUUCAUAAAUGUGAAAGACAGUGUCAUCAUGAUAACUGUGGUCCUUGCACAAAAACAAUUCAUCAAGAAUGCUUUUGUGGUAAACAUAAUCGUGAUGUUGCGUGUUUACCAAAUACUCCAUCGAUGUACACUUGUGAAGAUACUUGUAAUAAAUUACUAGAAUGUGGGAAUCAUUAUUGUAAAGAAAAAUGUCAUCCAGGAGCCUGUGGAACAUGUUCAUUGAAACCAGAAAUAGUUACUCACUGCCCUUGUGGCCAAACUCUUCUAACAAUAAAACGAGAAUCUUGUUUAGAUCCCAUUCCUACUUGUGAUAAAAUUUGUUCGAAACAACUUAAAUGCGGUCAACCAAGUUCUCCACAUAGUUGUAAAGCUCUUUGUCACACAGGUGAUUGUCCACAAUGUGAUUUAACAACUUGGGUCAAGUGUAGAUGUGGAAAUAUGGAUCGAGAAAUUCCUUGUUCUGAUCUAACAACAAAAGCUGAUGAUGCAAGAUGUGAAAAAAAAUGUACAAAAAAAAGAUCUUGUGGAAAGCAUAAAUGCAAUCAGUUAUGUUGUAUUGACAUUGAACAUAUUUGUCCUUUGCCUUGUUCUAAAACUCUCAGUUGUGGACGACACAAAUGCGAACUUACUUGUCACAAAGGGAGAUGUCAGCCGUGUUAUAGAAGUAGUUUUGAAGAGUUAUUCUGUGAAUGUGGUGCAGCUGUUAUUUACCCACCUGUAGCUUGUGGAACAAGACGACCAACAUGCAGUCAACCUUGCUCUCGGCAACAUUCUUGUGGUCAUGAAGUUUUGCAUAAUUGUCAUAGCGAAGCAUCGUGUCCACCUUGUACAGUUUUAACUCAGAAAUGGUGUUAUGGUAAACAUGAGCUUAGAAAAGCUGUUCCAUGUUAUUACAACGAAAUUUCUUGUGGAAUGCCUUGUGGAAAGCCAAUUAGUUGUGGUAGACACAAAUGCAUUACACUUUGUCAUCCUGGACCUUGUGAAAAACCUGGACAAGUUUGUGUUCAACCUUGCACUACACCUAGAGAACUUUGUGGGCAUAUUUGUGCAGCUCCUUGUCAUGAAGGAAAGUGCCCUGAUACUCCUUGUAAAGAAAUGGUAAAAGUAACAUGCACAUGUGGACAUCGAAGUAUGACCAGAGCUUGUGCCGAAAAUUCGCAAGAAUAUCAAAGAAUUGCUAGUGGAAUUCUUGCGAGUAAAAUGGCUGAUAUGCAAUUAGGACAUUCAGUGGAUUUAGAGGAAGUUUUUGGUCAAAGUGCACGAAAACAAAAUCAGUUGAAAACUUUAGAAUGUAAUGAUGAGUGUAAAAUAAUAGAAAGAAAUAGAAAGUUAGCAUUAGGUUUACAAAUUGCUAAUCCGGAUCUCAGUAGUAAACUUUUGCCAAGAUAUAGUGAUUUUAUGAAACAAUGGGCUAAGAAAGAUCCAAGUUUUUGUCAAAUGGUUCAUGAAAAGCUUACAGAGUUAGUUCAAUUAGCUAAAACAUCUAAACAAAAGUCGAGAAGUUAUUCUUUUGAUAGCAUGAAUCGAGAGAAACGGCAAUUUGUUCAUGAAGCGUGUGAACAUUUUGGAUGUGGAAGUCAAGCUUAUGAUCAAGAGCCUAAAAGGAAUGUUGUUGCAACUGCUGUAAAAGAUAAGUGCUGGCUACCAAGUUACAGUUUAUUAGAAAUGGUCCAACGGGAAAAUGGUCAACGAAAAGUGCCAAGGCCAAUGCUCAAUUCAACGAAAACUAAUACUUUAAUUUCACGAACUUCAGAAGUUCUACCAUCAACUGCUAAGAAAACUCAAAUGCUUCAGCCUUCAACUUCAAGCUCAAAGGUUUCAGAGCAGGAGAUAGAUUAUUUUGACUACUCCAAUUCCAAGGGAAGUUAAAUUUCAUUGAAAAUUAAAGCAAUCAUUAAGUUUGAAUUAAUUAUCAGUUUUGUAAUUAAUUGUUUAAAUUAUUUUUCAAAACAUCAUGUAUUUUAUAUUUUUAAAUCUUAAAAACUUCGAUUUCGGUUUGAUUUAGAAAAAAUAUUACAUUUUGCUCCAAAAUUUCAUGUUUUCAAUAGAAAGUUUUAUGCUCAGAAAAACAUCUGCAUUAACAAAGAAUAGAAAAGGAUAUUUCUACGUUAAACACAAUAGUUGUAUUAUAAUAAAAUUGUUUAGUUGUUGUAAUUUACAGUAAUUCAUAUGCAAUGAAUUUUUUACUGUUCAAUUUGAUAGUAGCACAGAAAUAAUGUCAUUAUAAAUGAAUGGAAAUGAAGGAAAAAUAUACAGAACCAUCAAACAUGAAAA